AUGUCUGGGGUUUGGGUGUUCAAGAACGGCGUGUUUCGGUUAGUCGAGAAUCCUCAGGUGGAGGCAUCGGAAGGAAGACAUGGGAAGAGGAAGAUGUUGGUUCACUUGCCGACGGGCGAAGUGGUAAAUUCUUAUGCUUUUCUUGAGAGAAUAUUGAUUGAUUUAGGUUGGGAGAGGUACUAUGACGGAGAUCCCGAUUUGUACCAAUUUCAUAAACACUCUUCUAUUGACCUAAUUUAUCUACCUAAAGAUUUCUCCAAGUUCAACUCCAUCAAUAUGUAUGAUAUUGUCGUAAAAACCCCUAAUGUAUUCCAUGUUAGGGACAAAUGA